GGCUCAAUGGAAACUGGGUGAGCGCCGGGCUGUGCCGAGCACACGCCGGCUGGAGGGGACGGCGAGCGGGCGGGAGGCGGCAGGCAGCGCCGCGCCGCGCCGAGCCGAGCGAAGGAGGGACGCGCCGGGCACGGCCGCCACCAGCCCUCCCCAAUCCUCCGUCAUCCUCCCCGCCGCGGCCGCCUGGCCCCCUGACAGCCGGCGGAGCAGCAUCCCCACACGGCCCCCUUCCCGUCAGGCACGACUGAACCAUGGAGCUUCGAGUGGGAAACAAAUAUCGGCUGGGCAGAAAGAUUGGCAGUGGUUCGUUUGGAGACAUUUACCUAGGAGCCAAUAUUGCAACUGGUGAAGAGGUGGCCAUCAAACUGGAAUGUGUCAAAACCAAGCAUCCCCAGCUCCACAUUGAAAGCAAGUUCUACAAGAUGAUGCAGGGAGGAGUGGGUAUCCCUUCCAUUAAGUGGUGUGGAGCAGAGGGGGACUACAAUGUGAUGGUGAUGGAACUCUUGGGGCCCAGCCUGGAAGAUCUCUUCAACUUCUGUUCCCGCAAAUUUAGUCUCAAGACAGUUCUGCUGCUGGCAGACCAGAUGAUCAGCCGUAUUGAGUACAUUCAUUCCAAGAACUUCAUCCAUCGGGAUGUGAAGCCAGACAACUUCCUUAUGGGCCUUGGCAAAAAGGGCAACCUAGUAUACAUCAUUGAUUUUGGUUUGGCCAAGAAGUACCGGGACGCCCGGACCCACCAGCACAUCCCUUAUCGGGAAAACAAGAACCUGACUGGCACAGCCCGUUAUGCCUCUAUCAACACCCACCUGGGAAUUGAACAAAGUCGCCGUGAUGACCUGGAGAGCCUGGGUUAUGUUCUCAUGUAUUUCAACCUGGGCUCGCUGCCCUGGCAGGGCCUCAAGGCUGCCACCAAGCGCCAAAAGUACGAGAGGAUCAGCGAGAAAAAGAUGUCAACGCCCAUCGAGGUGCUCUGCAAAGGGUACCCUUCUGAGUUCUCGACAUACCUCAACUUCUGCCGUUCGCUGAGGUUUGAUGAUAAACCUGACUACUCAUACCUGCGGCAGCUCUUCCGCAACCUCUUCCACCGCCAAGGCUUCUCCUAUGACUACGUCUUUGACUGGAACAUGCUUAAAUUUGGAGCAGCCCGGAACCCUGAGGAUAUGGAUCGGGAGCGGCGAGAGCACGAGCGGGAGGAGAGGAUGGGGCAGCUCCGAGGGUCAGCCACACGAGCGCUGCCCCCUGGCCCACCUGCCGGAGCCACUGCCAACCGUCUCCGCAAUGUCACCGAGCCCAUGGCCUCCACCCCCACCUCCCGAAUCCAGCAGUCCGGCAACACGUCCCCCAGAGCAAUCUCAAGAGUGGACAGGGAGCGGAAGGUCAGCAUGAGGUUACACCGAGGAGCUCCUGCCAACGUCUCCUCAUCUGACCUCACAGGGCGGCAAGAAGUGUCACGGAUUUCAGCAUCACAGACAAGUGUGCCAUUUGAUCACCUUGGGAAGUGAGGAGCAAUUGCCACUGGACCAGUGUUUGCUUAGUGUCUUCACUGUAUUUUUCUUUUAAAAACAAAAACCAAAAAACAAACAAAAACCUUAAAAAAAAACAAAAAAAAAACCAAACGAAAAAACCCAACAGAAUUUCUUUUUGCCAACGAUGAGGAGUGGAGCUGUGCCCCCGCGCUGGUGUGAGCCGUUUCCAGAGGGCCGCCUGUCCCUGGCGUGAGCGCCUCCGAGGAGCUGCGACGACGUGGGAGCCGCGUGGGAACACCUGCGCUGCUCCCAGCCCCAUCCCGCUGCCCCCACUGGCUACCCUCAGUUCCCUCUCCUGACUCUCUGCUCCUGGUUUUGAUUUCUCUCUCUUUUUUUUUUUUUCCGUCUUCUUGGC